ACUCAAAUGAGACAACUAUAUAAAUGGUGGUUCCCUCAACUUUCUAUUCUCAGCAACCACCUUUUUGCGCUCACAACCAAUUUCACCACAUUCCAGAGAGAUCUCAGCUCAUAUCUCAGAUCACGCUUCCAAUUUCACACUCUUCCAAUUUUCUUGCAGAUAAUCGAAGUUUGCACUGUAGCUGAAUGAUGUAUUUGGACUUUGGAAUCCCUUUAUACUGGAAUUGGAAAUCAUCCUCUCAGCAGCUGAAAAUAUAAUCUUUUUGCAGCUGACAAUGUAGGAUUGUUGAGUUAGGACAAUUUGGUGUUGUUCAAGCCAUGAAAACUCAAUGAUCCAUGAAAUUCAAGCCUCUACUUGCAACUGGUUCCUUCUAGGGAGGAUUUUUUUGUUGUCAGUCUUCUCUUUCAUCUAUCAGAAGUUUGUUGCAGCCUCUGCCUCAUGGAUUCUGUCCUUGGUAAUUGGCCAUCUUAUGAUCCUCACAACUUUAGCCAGCUUCGAACUUCAGAUCCUUCUAGAUCUUCUAAAAUGGCACCGGCCACUUACCAUUCUAUUCACAACAGGGACGUACCACCAGCCGAUCAAGUGAUAAAUACCGAACACAAAAAUAUCCUUCUAAGAGAAAUCUACCGGCGUGCAGAGGAGAAGUUGACACCCAAAAGAGCUGCAUCCGAUAACCUCAUACCGGAGCAUGGAUCCAAACAACCAAGGGUUUCAACGUGAAAAUUUUUCUUUGACCAACAAAUGGUGAAUAUGGUUUGUGAACAACUCUUUCAGAAGUCAGAUAUGCCCUUAUGUAACUAAGAAGACUUUUUGGCAUGUUUGGUAUUGUAAACUAUCUUUUCAAGUAUAGAGUUGGUUAGCCCCAGCAUAAUUAUUCAGUGAAUGAAGUGAGAUAGUGAUUAUGAAUUUCAUUGUAGAUUUUGUGCUAUAUGCUUGUCCAAUGUCCGCAUAAGUUAGAAAGAGGCAGAAGCUUUGAUUCAGGAUUUUGAGGAUUUGCAGUAGGUAUGCAUCAUAAUCUUGUGCCACAUUCUUUAUUUUUUAUUUUAUAUGAUAACUUUUUACUCACAUUCCUUCCUUCGAAAGGUUUAUCUGUUUAUACAACCAUGAGAAUUUAGAAACAUCUGUCUAGUUAUUUGUUUGAAUU